AUGGGCUGGUUCGUCGAUGCAGCUUGGCGGCUCGCAUCGUCUGAGGGCGGCUUGAAGCGAGAUCGUAAUAUCCUCAAGAAGAUGGGAACCUCGUGGCAGUCAAUCACACUGUUCUGCUUCAAGCCGUUGAUACACUGGCUUUAUGGACUUUCGAUGACUGUUUAUUUCGAUUCUGGCUUUAACAUGAUGCCGGUCCAGAUCUCGUACUUGACUGUUGGCGCUUUAUGUCUGGCCCUGUUCGCGACCGCAAUCAUUUUUAAGCCUCCAAAGGGGCCUCAGCCUGCGACGUUUGGCCACCUACAGACACUAGCCAACUUGAUCGAUGAAUGGCCGACAAAACGUGGGCCGUUAUACUGGGGUCACAAGAGCGAGGAAGGUAGUGUUGCGCAUGCUGGCACGUCUUGUGAGAAGCUUGGUAAAAUUAACUUUGCAUCUGAUGAUGCUGAUGAUAAUGCUCAUGAUAAUGCUGAGAAGCUCUUCUUGUCUUGA